CCUCUGUUUCUCUUCUUCACACUCACAUGCUGACACCCUCCUAGCUCCCCCCACCUCAGCCAUCACCGCCAAGCCCAAGCAAGCAAGCUCACGAGCACUCCAAUUAUCUACUCUACUUAAGCUCCGGUGAGUUAAUCCUUCACCGCUGCACUCUCACGCUCACACACAUGAGCUCUAGUUUUACUAUAUAGAGAGAGUGUGCCGUGCUGUUUGCCAAGAGAGGUCGAGAGCGGUGGCGGCGGCGGCCAUGGAGGGCGGUGGCAAGGCGGGGUACAGCUAUGGCGGCCACCACCACCACCAGGACGCCAAGCUGCUCAAGAACCUCAGCCGGGUGGAGCCCCGCCGGUUCGGCCUCGGCCUCGUCGCCGGGUUCCUCAUCGUCACCUGCGCCUACUUCUCCACCGCCAAGUUCGACGCCAUCCACAUCGCCAUGAUAAGCUCUCCAGCCAAGAAUGCAGCUGGGUUUAUGAACGCUUCUUCUGACGGCUCCAAUCAGCAGCAGCUAGAUUUGGACCGAGAUGCAAUGUCCAGGGAAGGGAGCAAGGCUCAGGUGCUCGACACAGACGGCGACGACAAGAUUUCCUCUUUGGGGCCAGAUUUGGGCCACAAUGCAUCAGCGUUGGAGGGGAAGAAGAAAGAUGAGACUUUUGCUAAGGAUAGCGGUGAUGCAAGCGUGUCUGCUUCCACAGAUGAGGCUCUUGCCAAGGAUGAUGACGCAAUUGUCGGUGCUGUUCUUCCUCCCUUGUCAUCAGAGGAACCCACAAACAUCACACAGGAUUCAGUUCUUGAGGAUGAGGAGCUGAAAGUCCAGGAGACUGCUCCUGCUACUACUAAUCCUUCUCCGGAGAAGAGCAGCAACAAUGGCAGCUCCCCCUCUGUGGUUCCAUCCGACCCUGCUACUCUCCCUGUUCAGCAGAUUCCUCCUACUCAAGAGGCAAAGGAUCCUCCUGCUCAGCAAAUUCCAGCUGUUCCAGAGGCCAAAGUUCCUCCUGUUCAGCAGAUUCCAACAUUUCCAGUGGUUAAGACAGAUUCAGAGGCGGCGCCGCGGCGGAAGGAGUGGAAGCCGCUGUGCGAUCUCUGGUCGAACCGCCGCAUCGACUGGUGCGAGCUCGACGGCGACGUCCGCGUCGCCGGCGCCAACGGCACCGUCUCCCUGGUGGCGCCGCCGGGGCCCGCCGACGAGCGCACGUUCCGCGCCGAGUCGUGGCACAUCAAGCCGUACCCGCGCAAGGCCGACCCGAACGCCAUGCGCCACGUCCGCGUGCUGACGGUGCAGUCGCUGCCCGCCCCGGCGGCGAGCGCGGCGGCGCCGGCGUGCACGGAGCGGCACGACGUCCCCGGGCUUGUGUUCUCCGACCGCGGGUACACCGGCAACUACUUCCACGCGUACACCGACGUCAUCCUGCCGCUGUUCCUGACGGCGAGGCAGUACUCCGGCGAGGUGAAGCUGCUGGUGUCCGACUUCCAGAUGUGGUGGCUCGGCAAGUUCUUGCCGGUGUUCAAGGCCGUCUCCAACUACGACCUCAUCAACCUCGACGACGACCGCCGCGUCCACUGCUUCCGCCACGUCCAGGUCGGCCUGACAUGCCACGCCGACUUCAGCAUCGACCCGUCGCGCGCGCCCAACGGCUACUCCAUGGUGGACUUCACCCGCUUCAUGCGCGCCACCUACCGCCUGCCCCGCGACGCGCCGUUCCCGGCGUCCGGCGAGCAGCAGCCGCGGCGGCCAUGGCGGCCGCGUCUCCUGGUGAUCGCGCGCGCCCGCACGCGGCGGUUCGUGAACGCCGACGAGAUCGUGCGAGGCGCGGAGCGCGCCGGGUUCGAGGUGGUGGUGUCGGAGGGCGAGCACGAGGUGGCGCCGUUCGCGGAGCUCGCCAACACGUGCGACGCCAUGGUGGGCGUGCACGGCGCGGGGCUGACGAACAUGGUGUUCCUCCCCACCGGCGGCGUGGUGAUCCAGGUGGUGCCGCUGGGCGGGCUGGAGUUCGUCGCCGGCUACUUCCGCGGGCCGUCCAGGGACAUGGGGCUCCGGUACCUGGAGUACCGGAUCACGCCGGAGGAGAGCACGCUGAUCGAUCAGUACCCGCGAGACCACCCCAUCUUCACCGACCCCGAUGGCGUCAAGUCCAAAGGCUGGAAUUCUCUCAAGGAAGCCUACCUCGACAAGCAGGAUGUUCGUCUCGACAUGAAGAGGUUCCGACCAAUCCUCAAGAAGGCCAUUGCUCACCUCCGCAAGAACAGCGGCAACAAUAACACCACACACAACUAGCCAUUUCGAAUUUUUCUUCGAUCGAUCGCCAUGGAUGCAUCAAUGUACACCAUCUUCUUGAUCUUUUAAUCUUUUCUUCUUCUUUUACUAUCUUUUCACUAGUAAGUAAAAGUAGACUGUAGCAGCUAGCAGAUCGACCAAAUGUAUGAUAUUUCAGAGGAGGAGAUCAGCAGCAAUACUAUAUUCAUCUCUUUGUUUUUUUUUUAUCUCGAUUGGAAGAUGAGUUUCAUGAGUGGUAGUUGAGUUGAUCAUGUAUACUCCUAUAGUAGCCAAAACCCAAAAAAGUGUACGAGGCUUAAUUAGAUUAUGGUUUGUUUCCCCAGA